AUGCUCGUCAUCAUCAUUUCUCUGUCAACUCUGAUAGCCUGCACCAGAAAUGCGCUCGUCGACGCCAAAGGUAUUUACUAUUAUUAUCGGAGUACUCGAGAGAGAAAAAAAAGAGGUUUUUUUAAGUUGACAUCCGCCAAACGACGGCCAACAAGGCGUUCAUGGAGACGAUGCGUGCGGACGCCUACGAAAUUGUGCACCCGUUUCAGAUUCGCGACAAAAACGAGCGAAUAGGAAUUGAUACGCGGAAUUAUUUUCUGAAAGCGCAAGAACACUACGCGCACGUGACGAUCGUCAUCCGAAGCAAUCAGUUGGGACGGCUCAAACUGGUGCUCGAGCGCAACAAUUUCGUGUUUCUCAACAAGACGGCGUUCCACAAACUCGAUGCGGACGGCGAGCGGAUCAUCCAGAACCGCGUCGAAAACUGCUAUUAUCAGGGCACCGUCGGCGGCGAGGACAGCUCUUUUGUGGCGCUGAGCUCGUGCAACGGACUGCGCGGAGUCAUCUCGUUCGCCAACGGGACCACCUACGGAAUAUGGCCUCUCGACGGAGGCGAUCGGAACUCCCGACGCCAUCCACACAUUUUGUAUAGAUCGGAGUGGAAUCAGGAGGCAAAGUGCGGCAGUUCGAUGGCUCACGCGGCUGGACAGAGGAUCCGGAGGGAACAGCACCGGCACAGGGACCAUCAUCAUCAUGCGGAGCCGAAGGAGAAGAGGGAUGUGUCGAAACGAACGAAAUACGUGGAAGUCGCCCUCAUUGCCGACUAUGAAUUUGUGGGUUUUUCUAGAGAAAUGUAGCAGUUUUAGCGAAAAUCCAAAUUUCGAGUUGUUCUAGCACUGGUCACAAAGUGUCUAUUAGGACAUCUGGCAACUAGACGGACGUAUUGCAACUGAUUCGCAACUGAUCUAUUUUGCGAGGUGCCAUUGAGGCUGUUUUGAGAAUGACGGACAUUUCGCAACCGACCCUCUUGUUCAUCUUGAGAAAAAAAAAAUCGCACAGCACAGAGUGAAACAUUUUCCAAAUGUCAUUCCGGGUACAAAUUUCGAAGCCUUGUUAGUUGCAAAACGUCCUUCAGUUGCACAAAAUUAGCAUUCGUCCGCGAAUCUCUUGUCUAAACUUGUCCGUUUUCAUAACCACUCGAAAGUGUCAAUCAUUUCGAACACCCUUUUCGCAUUUUGACGCCGAGAUUAGAAUCUUCUUCUUCUUCCUCUUCUUCUUCCUCUUCUUCUUGUCUGGUGCCAUCAGAAUGAGCGGAAGAGGGAGCGAGAGAGAGAGAGAGAGAGAGAAUUUAUCGGCCCGGAGAAUUUUAGGGAAUUUUAAUUGGCGGAGGGAACAGAUGUUUGGGUUGUGAUGAAGAAAAAUGAAUGUUUUUUGUUCAGAUGAAGCAUCGGGGACUUCACGAUAUGGACGCCGUCUCCUACAUGCUCGAAUCGCUCAAUAUUGCCGAUUCGGUAAGGAUUUUCUGAAAGAUACUAAGAGAUUACAAACUUGUAUGAUGCAGAUGCUCUCGCGCGACCUGAACAUCCGAUUGUCGGCGGUCUACGUGGAAUUGUGGACGGACGUGCAACGCAUCGACCUGUGGGAGGACAUCGAACGGACGCUGAGCGGCGUCGUCGACUACACCGCCGGCCACAUCUACCACAUCCAGAAGGACGCCACGAUCCUGUUCACGGGCGGCUCGUUCGCCAACCAAGAGGCCGCGAACGCCGCCGUCCGCUCCGUGUGCACCGCCCGUUCGGCGGUCAUCGUGCGCGCGAUCGAGCAGUUCGCGACGCACUGGAACGGAGAGCUCGUCGCGCAGUCGGUCGGUCACCUGCUCGGAUUGGAGCACGACACGACCGCGUGCUCGUGCGAACCCGCGCCCGAGUGUCUGAUGCGGCAGCAGCCCGGACGCAUCGGCGCGCCCUUCUCGUGGCAAUUUUCGAAGUGCUCGGUGGCCAGAAUGCACGGGAUUUGGCAGGACGGCAACAUUCAAUGCCUCCUCAACAAGCCCUUCCAGGUAUUGUGUUUGAAGCCAAAAGCAGUGAAAAAUUCCAUGUCAAACUAGGCCGCGCGAUUGCAUACAAAUAUUGAAAAACGUAUCUUUUUUCCAGGUUUCCGAGCUUCGCGAGUGCGGAAACGGCGUCGUCGACGGAUCGGAAGAGUGCGACUGUGGAAGCCGUGAGAACUGUGCCGAUCCGUGCUGCGACCCGCUGACGUGCACGCUCCGGCCGCACGCCCAAUGCGCCGCCCAUCACAAGUGCUGUCAUCGAUGUGAACUGCGGAAGGCGGGCGACGUGUGCCGAACGUCGAGAUCCGCGUGCGACGUGGCCGAGCAAUGCGACGGAAAGUCGGGCGACUGCCCGCCCGACGGACACCUCAUCGACGGAACCGUGUGCGGAACGGACGGACAGUGUUGGCGCGGCAACUGCAGUGACUCGCACGCCCAGUGCAAGCAGCUGUGGGGCCGCGAGGCGAGUGUCGCCGAGCCGGUGUGCUUCGAGCAGAACACGAAGGGCGCCGAGUACGCGAACUGCGGACAGCAAUCGGAUGGAACCUACCAUCCGUGCCGACUCGAGGACACCCGCUGCGGCACCCUCCACUGCCACAGCGGAUCGAUGGCGCCGAUCGACUCGGCGCUGAAGGCGUUCACUUUCCAUUUUUCGCAAAACUCGCAACAAGUGCAGUGCAAGUCGAUCGCCGCGGCCACGAUCGGACUGAUCGCUGAUGGGACCAACUGCGGCUCGGGAAAAGUUUGCGUGGGCGGAAGUUGUGUGGAGAUGUCGUCGGUUUCCGCGGCGGUCGCCUGCCCCACCAACAACCUGGCGCUUUUGUGCUCGGGCCACGGACACUGCACGACGACCGCAAAGUGCGUGUGCUUCAACGGAUGGUCGGGCGGCGCGUGCGAUAUUCGCAGCAACUCGUCGACCUACUCGGGAAGCAUGGGAUUUGACGACGAGAAACGGGCGCCGACGUCGUCCCGGAAAACGAUAAUAAUCCCGCACCUGAACAUUGGGACGAGCCUCGAGACGGCGACGCUCUUCGCGAUCCUCCUCGGCUUCGGCGUCUUCCUGCUCCUCUGUCUCGUCUGCCUAAUGCUCUGCUACCGCCGUCGUUCGGUCGUCGAGAUUCCGAAGGCGUCGGCGGACGAGAAGCCGGACGAGUCGCCGGAUCGGCAGAUCAAGUUCGGCAACAUGCCCAGCUAUCGCGAGGAGAAACGGAAGCGGAAGAGCAACAAACGCAUCUACGGCGCGUUGAAUCGGAUUACGGAGGCGGACGAGCGCGAUUCGACGAGUCUCCGCUCGAGGGACAGCGCCGGAAGUCAGCAGUUGUUGGACAGAAACGGAGCACCCAAUAUACGGUAGGUCCGGGUGGCCGCAGAUUUCCUAACUGGGGAAAGUUAGGCCAUUUUCCGAAACGACAUUAACUCUUCAUUUUUCAGAGAUCCGUUUGCCAACGAACAUCACAUCUACGCAGAGUCGGGCGUUCUCUCGGCGCGCUCGUUCCGCGGCCUCAACCCGGAAGGCAACUAUCCGCUCCGAUCGUUCGGCUCGUGGCGCUCAUCCGGUCCCGUAAGCCCCGCCUCCUCUUCUGGACACCUCACCGACGUCUCCACGGCCACCACGCCGCUGCGCCUGAACAAAAUCGGAAAACUGCUGCGGACGAUGCAAUCGGACGACGAGGCCGGCUCUCCGUUCGCCGAACAUCCGCCCCUUCUCGGAACUUCGCAUUUCGGUGGAGAAGAAGAGUUGUCGGCGGUGGAGGCGGAUCACGACGUGGGCUCGAACACGGAGAGCUCGCGCGGAUGCUCGGACGAUCCGAUGACGGACACGGGCGGAUGGGAACCGCCGUCGCUUGUCAACGGAUGCUCGAUCGCUCGGCCCGCGAGUCAUCAGAGCAACAACUACAAUUUUCGGCAGAGCCCCUCGCUGUUCAGCGAUCCGUUCAAGUUGGAAAUGACGAAUAGUAUGCACAAUUGA